GUACCUGUUAUGAGGGUCAAUCAGGAAAGCGGCUGUUGGUUGGUUGACUUUUUGUGGACCAUGGCACAAUUAGUGUUUUAGCCCUAGUGGGGGUUUAACAGUUAGAUAAGACCGUGUCCAACCUAAAAUAUUUAAAUUCUUCAAAGGAGUAAGACUGUUCUAUAUCCUAAAAUCCCAUCUGAGUCAUGUCACAUAUCAAAAACCCUAAUAGUCUUCAGACACAUAUAAAGUUUUGCACCGCGAUAAAAUGACUUUUGAGCUAACCCUGCACUUAAAAUGUUAGAGCGCGAGUUUAACAGCAAAACGUUCUAACUAUUCCUUGCAGUUUUUUUCGGUGAGACAAUCAAUGGGCGACCUUUGAACAAUAAAUUGACCUUGAACUGUCCGCCUACUUACUAGAGUUAAAUGAGGGGUAUAAAUUGGUAUGAGGGAUUAGAAUUAGGAUUUACGGUUGGACGUGAGGUUGAGGAUUUAAUGUUUUCAUCACGAACUAAUAUCAGCUAUAAUGCCAAAAAUGGUAUUUGACCAAAUUGGUGGACAAGAACUGCAUCAAAAUCCAAGAUAUACUAUCUUUAAUCUGACCGGUUUGCCUAUAAAUUAAAGUUUCUUCCGUUUUAGUUCCGCUCUGCAGGAGUAGUAGUUUGGAACUAUCGUGUCAAAUAAAUGACUUCCUUUUAGUCGGUUUAAUCUAUCAAAUAAGACUGUUGGGUGGUUGACGCUAUGUUUUCAAGCAAAAGGUUCAAGUUAUCAGCUUAAUACGGACAUCGGUAGUUAUCUGCGAAAUUAUUAACUUUGAUUUCAUAAGAUUUUGUGUAUUCGCUUUUGAGAAGCUCAAGACAAACAAGUAUGUGAAGUCUCAGUGUACUACUAAAUCCUCGUGGUGAGGGUGUUUGUUAAAUUAUGAAGAUGAAAGGUGAAUGUUCGGCACUUAAAGCGAGUUGGUGGGUGUGGCGGAUCCUCCAACGGCGGUCGGGAAACCUUGAUUUUGAAGCAAUGAUGCACAUGGGCUCCAGGAUCCCGAGGGAACAAAUGGUGAACGAACCUAAUGUUGAUCACCCCUUAUUUUUUAUUUAUUUAAAUAAAUAAACAUUGGUACAAGAAGGCACCAAAUACAUAUGCGCCAUAUAAAUCACUCGGUUUGUGUGAAGGCUGGAAUACUGCCUUGGUUCCCAAACCGAAGCAGGUAGUUUUCUUAGGUGGCCACACCUCGAGCUUCUGACCUGGAUUUUUAGUCCACAAGGCUGUGGAGCAGCUUUAAGAAAUGCAGUCAUGUGGUAGCCGGUUCAUGCACCCUUUGUUCCUUCAAAAUCCUGGAGCCCAUUUACACCAUUGGUUUUGAAUCAGGAUUUUCUAACUCCCUUAGGUGGAUCCACCAACCGAGAUAAAGCACCGGACAUUCGCUUUUUGUCCCCUCACUCUUGUAAACAACAGUAAUGCCGCGGAAAGGCAGUGAGUAGGAAGUCCCUGACAGUGGUUGUAUGCACGUGGUCAUGUGAGAGAAUUUUGAGAGGGAGAGCUGACUCUCCCCACCCUCGGCCGUAUCAUGGCAUUUGGGGUUUGCAUCUCCUAACGCUACUCCACUGCCUUGUGGAUUAAACCUCUAGGUCAAAAGCUUGGGGAGUAGGCUUUUAAGAAGACCACCUGUUUCGGUUUGGCGACCUGGACAUCACGGCUCACACGCCAAGUGAAUGAUGACUACUUUUUGCGGUGCUUAUAUAUUUUGGUCCCUAUUGUACCAAUGUUUUCGUGUUUAAAUUAAUAAUAAAUAUACCGAAAAGUCUUCUUCAAUAUCUGGUCUAUAAGUGACAAAUUCACAAGUGAAAGCAACUUUUUAGUCCGUGGUUAAUCUUUUUUUUACCUGGAGAGAUGAUUCCUUACUAUUUGAAGGGUAGAUAUACUCAGGAGUAAUAAUAAAGCACUGUCCACAUUUUUUAUUCCUUAGUGUUUUGGGGACUGUAAGAACAAGAGGUCUGUUAUGACUUUCCCUUUUUGGAUUAUUGUGAAUGGGAAAGGUUUUAUACUAUUAUAAGUUUGGAAAUAUACGUUGAAAUGUACUCAUUUGAAGGGAAUUACAAAUCAAAGCGAUCAUUAGUGCUUGAUCAUACCCAAAAGUUGUCAACCCAUGCGCUUGUUCAAAAAACACGUGAAGAACGAAAGUCACGUGAAAAUAUGGUCAAACAAGAACGUGCCGCUACUAAAAUUCAAAAAUGUCUCCGAGAUUAUGUUGCACGAAAUAAAAUGAAACGUUACUUUAUUGAAUUAUUGAAUGAAUUAUCUAAACAAUUAGAUGAUAUAAUAAAUAAAACUGGUUUCAAUGUGGAGCAUGAAUUUGAACAUAAAUUAUUGAAGUUACUUCAAUGUUUCAAUACAUGCUAUCGUAAUAAAAGUCCGGAACAAAAACAUCUUUUUACUGUUUGUCGUUUAUUAUUGUCCAAACAUGGAAAAGAUGCACAAGUCAACUGGUUAACUAAUGGUUCUGUUGACCAUAUUUUCACACUAGGGAAUUCGUUAUUAAUCAACGUCAAAUAUUUAACAAAACUUCCAUCAUUAACAACAUCAUCAAACUAUACAUUACCGAUUCGUGUAUUAGAGGAAUUAUUCAACAUUUUAAUCGGAACAUGUUCAUCUACAAAAAUCUCUUUAUAUUCAAAACAACUAUACUUCAGUAUUGAAUGGAUUUGUCGACAUUUAUCAAAGCAUCAUUAUUUUAAUCAUUUGGCUUAUUUUAUGGAUCAACAAUUACCAACUACAACUGGUGGUUACCUUAAAGAUUUCACUACCCAAUCACAAGUAUUUGAUCCUGUGGAAUUUUUCAAAUUACCAAAAACUCGUCCUUUUAUUAAUCUAAUAAUUGCACCGUUGAAAUGUGCUUUUAACCUAUCGGAUAAUGGUAGCCCAUUUUCUAAUCCAAUGGUCGAUUUGUAUCGUGAACUUGUUUUCACAGCAUUAAAUGAUAUUCUCAUAUCAACCAUUGAUGAUCACAAUACUUAUAUUAUCGGUGAACGUGUUAUACUCAGUGUUGGUAUGGAAAUGUUCAAACUACCUAAUCUACAUCAAAUUGUUAUUCAUGGAUGUUUAACAGCGGUUGAGAAUGAAAAUUGCCAAUUAAACACUGAACAACGACCACAUAAUGGAACUAUUUCAUUGAUUCCUUCUAUCAAUUUAUUACACCUUUUUGUGACUGUGGCUAUACCUGGCAUGUUAGUAAAAUGUGAUUCAACCACAACCACAUCAAGUUCAACUGUCCAUACAACCGAGUCAUCAAUGAUACAAGAUACUGAUGACGAUGAUAAUCAUGAAGAAGCAGUGACAGAGGAAGAAGGAGGUGACGAAUCAUUGCCAGUUCUGUUAGCUACUGAAUCUUACACACAUUAUACAUGGUCUGGUUCACCUUUAGAAGCUGCGAUAACGAUACGUUUUGUUGCUCGGAUACUUAUGAGUUGUUUAACGGAACCUCAUCUGCCUAUUGUUCGUCCAAUUACUGAUCCUAAACCGUUACAACUACGAAUUGGACAAGGAGAAGAAUUAUCGGAUGACGACGAUGGUGUUGAUGACGACAACAAGAUUAAUGAUAAUCAUAAUAGAAUGAAGGGAGUGGAAAUCAAUGAUCAGGAAAUGAAAAUGUCAGCUGAAUUUACUAGAAGUACUAAUAACUGUAGUCUUAUUUCAGAGGCUGUCUUGUUUCAACCAGCUUCUCAACUGACAAAAAUCUCUGCGUCACUAAGUCAUAGUUUACCGGCGCUAGCAGCUAGCUCAUUGUCUACACUGGAAAAUUUCAAUAGUGAUUUGGAUAAUUCAGAUAAAUUGGAAUUAAUUCGUUCUUCAUCAUAUCUACAUUAUUGCCUUUCUCAAGUAUGUAGUCUGUCUAGGACAUCAUUAAUACGCAUUAACUCAAUUUAUUCACAGUAUACAAUCUAUUUACGUUGUUUAUGGAAAUUAAUUGAAAAUACUAAAUGUUUAAAUAAAUCAACAUUAAAUUAUUCAAAUACCAAUAUGUCUACAUUGUUUAAUAUUUUAUGCUCGGGUGAAUUACCUACGCAUUUAGUGGAACUUCAAAGUUAUCUUCCACUGAUAUUUACAUUUGCUGAUUGUCUUCAUCAUCGCUUAUUAUGUUUAACUGAUUCGGAAAUCUGUGACAUCUCAUCGGAAGCGAACUACACCAACUCCAACGAUUAUCGUCAUCAACAACCAAUCAAUAAUAAUAGUGAACCCUCACGAGGAGGUUGUGGUUUUCGUGCUGAUGAAUUAUUACAAGUUGGUGCAAGACUUCGUGAUCUUAUGCUCGGCCUAAUUGAUUUGUCACAUCCUGAUCAAGUGCCGAAACAAACUCGCUGUAAUUUACAAACAGAUACACAUUGUGUAGAAUCAAUGGAACAACCAAAUUAUGGUGCAGUAUUACGUAGAAUAGAACAAUGGGUCGAAAUAGCCGAUCUUGGCAGUUCACCUAUUGGUGAUCUAAUGAUGCGAAAUUAUACACAAUGGUCGAUACCGGAUUUUCGUCUUUUACUAUAUUGUUGGUGUAGUUUACUGCGUCGAGUUGAACGAUUAGUAUUUCAAAUCUAUGAUUGGGAUCGUCGUUGUCGACGUCAACAAGAUACUAGUCUGCCUAUCUACCUUUUACAAAAUCCACAAUCCACAACGACAACAGCUUCUACAAAUGCAUCAUCUACAUUUUCAUCCUCAUCCUCAUCAACUGAUAUUGCACGCGUAACCAAUUCACCACGUCUACCACUUGGCACACCAAGUCUUAGUCAAACAUUUUGGUUGAAAGAUAACUUAUUUGAUUUAUUAAAUACUACAGAAUCACAAUCUUCAUGGUUUGAAAAUCAUGGUUAUCAAAAUACAUUGGCAUUAGCUGGUGCACCGUUUGGUUAUUAUAGUAUUUUGAAUCCAGAUCGAAAUCAAGUGUUACUAGAAUCAUUUUCUUUAUCCAAUCGUCAAAUACGUCAAGUCUUAUUAUUGAAAAAAGUUCCAUUUGUUAUACCAUUUGAAAAACGAGUUAAAUUAUUUAAAAUUCUUAUCAAUGAUGGUAGUACAUAUAAUCGUAAUCCAUUUCGACGAAUAUAUAAUAUGUCUAAUCAACCAAGUGUUUCUCUUGUUGUUCGUCGAACUCAUUUAUAUGAAGAUGGUUUUGAGAAAUUAUCCAAAGAAAAUGCACCCAAUUUACGUCAACGUUUAAAAGUGACCUUUUUAAAUCCAACUGGUUUAGCUGAAGUUGGUAUUGAUGGUGGUGGUUUAUCAAGAGAAUUUCUUACUGAAAUUAUUCGUGCUGGUUUUGAUCCAACUAGAGGAUUUUUUAUUUAUGCAUCAGAUAAAACUUUAUAUCCAAAUCCACAAGCAUCUGCAAUUACAUUGGAUUAUUUAAAGCAUUAUUAUUUCUUAGGAAGAAUUUUAGCAAAGGCAAUUUACGAAGGUGUGCUUGUCGAACUUCAGUUCGCGUAUUUCUUCCUGGCGAAAAUUGUUAGUCGAAGUGGCGGUGGCGGAGUCGGCUUUGAUUAUCUACAUUCACUUGAUCCUCAAUUGUAUAAACAAUUAUUAUUUUUAAAAAAUUACAAAGGGGAUGUACGAGAUUUAUCGUUAGAUUUCACUAUGGUUCAAUCAAUUUUUGGUCAAUCUGAAACGAUCGAAUUGAAACCAGGUGGUAAACAUAUUCCAGUUACUGAAGAAAAUCGUGUUGAAUAUGUACAUUUAAUUGCGAAUUAUAAAUUAAAUAAAAUGAUUUAUCCACAAGUACGAGCUUUUACUGCUGGAUUAAAUGAUGUCAUACCAAUUGAUUGGGUACGUCUUUUUGAUGCAGAAGAAUUACAAACUCUUAUAUCUGGAGCAGAUAUGGUAAUCGAUGUGAAUGAUUUAAAACAGCAUACAUUCUACAUUGGAAAUUCAUUAAAUUAUACUGAAACAUUAGAUUGUUUUUGGUCAGUAUUACAUAAUUUUUCAGAAUCUGAUAAACGUUCAUUUUUACGUUUUGUUACUGCAUGUUCACGUCCACCAAUGUUUGGUUUUCGUGAAUUACAACCACCAUUUUCAAUACAAAUUACUGAUGAAAUUGAACGUUUACCAACUGCAAGUACAUGUACAAAUUUAUUAAAAUUACCUAAUUUUCGUAAUAUAAAACUAUUACGUGAACGUUUAUUAUAUGCAUUAAAUGCAAAUGCUGGUUUUGAAUAUGGUUAAAUCCAAUCAAGUAAAGUGAUGAUGUUUGUUUAAUUGUUUUACUUACUUACUUGUUUGUUUGUUUUUCCUUUGUAAACAUUCAUGUAUUCAUUCACUUAUCAUGUUGAUAUUUUCUUAAGUUUAUCAAUUGAGUAGAAGAUUUCGCUUUUUUUUCGGUUUUUUUAUAUAAAAAUUUCUAUUAACAUUAUCAAUACUACUGUAUACUUGAGUAGUAGUAAUACUAGUACUAUUACUACUACUAACAUUUUGGUUAUAAUCAUUUGAAUAUAAUAAUAAUAAUCAUCAUUAUAAUAGUAUGCAUAUAUUUAUAUAUGGAUGUUGGUG